AUGCUGCCCUCCAAGCUUAUCGAGGCAAUCUUCCUCAGUUUCCUCUCAUCGAUUCCCUCAGAGAUUCGAAAUACGUCGCCCUUCGCCCUUCUUCAAGUGUGCAAACAAUGGAAAUCUGUCGCCGAAGGGUGCCCACAGCUCUGGGCUGUCAUUGUGGUCAAUGACGAACACAUCGAUCAGCGCCUCUAUCCUCCAUAUAUACGAAACUUCCACUGGACUUCGCGAUUUCGUUCAGUACUUUCCCCUCUGUUCGCGGAGGCGCGGAGGUGGCAAGAUUUCGAGCUCACCCUGCCGGAUAUUGCCUAUGUUCCAAAUUUGUCGUUGGAGGGUGUUUCCGCUCCCCACAUGAGACGAAUCAAAUUCGACUAUGGUGGCCAAGUCAUGCCAUUCGCGAAGGCAAUCCUCUCGGAAUCACUUGGCCUCCGCGAACUGUCCUGGAGGUCUCCGAACACCACCGGUUCAGCCAUCGCCACCCAUAUACAUGGUGCUGAACUGGUUCAUCUUAGUCUCCACCUCAGAUUUUCACCCUGCAUCUGCUUCGAUAUUCUCAAUCGAUGCCCGCUCUUGACUGAAUGUCACCUUGAAGGCAUCUCCUUUCCGGACACCCUUGAUGCCGCAUAUCCACCAGAACGCAUCACUCUUCCCCACCUCAAUAUUCUUAGGCUCGAUGGAACUAACGUUUUGCUCGACAUUAUCCCUCAUGUUACUUUUCCUGCCUUGCAAACUCUUAACAUUCGAUCGGUCACUCCCCACUGGAGCUUGCCUUCAUCCGUCCCAUUCUCAGAAGUGAAGCACCUUCUAUCGCGAUCCAAUUGUUCCCUCAAGCACUUUAUUCUGGAUGGACAUGACUUCCAACUUGAAGGAGCCGAUCUGAUUGAAUGUUUCCCAAUGUUGCCCAAUCUGUUGACUCUCGAGACCAACCAGGAGAGCGUAUGGGACGCAAAUGCCGUCAUCGACAAGCUGAAUCAGAAAAACGGCGGCAACCACAUUGAUGUUUGCCCACGUCUCACCAAGAUUCGGUUCACGGAAAGAUGUGUGCUCGUGAUGGGGCAUUCUCUCGGAUAA